AUGUCAAAUAUGACGCCCCUCAGUAUCGGAUCGCUGUGGAAUGGUGACAGGCCUGCUGCUGCUCGCAAGGGGGCGAACCUUCUAGGCCUCGGAGCAGCCAUGGCGGACAUGAGCCGUCGUCGGAUGAAGGAGAAGGUGGCCAGCGUGGGCGAUUUGGCGUCAAACGGCGCGCCUGGGAGACUGCAAGACGGGAAUGGGUGGGAGAAGGAAGAAGCGGCGCGGAAACGGCGUGAGGAGCAGGCUUAUCGUGAUUUUCUAACCAGCAGGUCAGAUAAUAGCACAAUGGCACUUGUUUUGGGCUCCAUGAAUGUGCACGGCGCCAAGCGUUAG